CCCCAACUCGACAGUAGCAAUGAAAGGGUUAAAUGGCGGGACUUUUCAACGCUUAUCAAUUUUAACGGUGUUUGUAGACUAGAAUUGACCUUCUAAUAUCUUUUAUCCAUAGCUCUUAAGUUUUCAUAUACCACACAUUCAUAUUAUAAUUUGUAUGUAGUAUUUUAUUGGUUCUAUAUAUUUUUCAUCUUUUUCUACAUUUAAUGUAACAUAAUGGAGGCGAGAAUUAAUCAUCAUAUUCGAGGUAUAUUUAUGCUGAAUCAAAAAGCUAUUCCUCCAACAUUAAAUAAACAUCUUACAAAUAAAAUUUUUAACAAACCAAAUAAAGAAGGAAUGGAACAAGUAUUAUAUCAUUUACUUCCACUAACAGAUCCAAAUUGCUUAAAAACUCUACCCUGGCCAAUAUCAUCUUUUAAAGAUGCUGCUGAAUUUCGUAACGCUGCCACACUCAUAAUUAAUGGACUAAAAGAAUUUGUAUAUGAAAAGUCUUCAAAUGUUGUCGCAAAAGUAAAUUCUUCAUUAUUAGCAAAUCCUGGUGGACCAGUAUUUAUAUUUUUUAUGUAUCAGUUUUGCUUGUUUAUCAAGUAUUGCGAGCUAAAGAAAAAAGGCAUUGAUGUUUUAAAUGCACCAACAUAUGUUGAUGAUGAAUAUAUUGAUAAAAAAAUAUCAAUGUUUGAUGGAAUAUCAAAAAGUAAUUUUAAUGAAGCAAAUGAAAUAGUGUCUAGAAUUGAUUACAAUCUAAAAAAUAUGGCCGAAUUAUCUUUGAAAUAUAAAGAAAUUAUUCUAGAUAGUAAACAACGUAUUAAAGAUUUGAAAUUAGAAUUACUAAAUAUUGAGCACUCUGAAGCAACAGAAAACGAAGUUGCUGAACUAAAAAAAAAAUAUAUCUAUUUAUAUGAUAAAUUUAAUCAAAAUAAUUUAAUUGCUAUGAAGUGUGCAAAAUUAGCUGAUAUAAUUUCCAAAACUCCAAAAAAUUGCAAUGCCAAUUUGAUAAAUAUAACUUAUAAUGAUAAAGACGAAAUAAUAGGAAAUUAUGGAAAUAUAGACCUCGUUAAGUUGCUUACUAUCAUUAAAAGUUCUUUAAAGGAUCAUAUAAGUUGGUGUGAACAGAUAAAUGAUGAACAAACUAUUGAUGACAAUAUACUUGAAGUACAAAAAUCUGUUGUAGAAAUGUCAGAAAUGAUGCAAUGUUAUAAAAUACUUUUACAACAACAAAAUAAUGUGAUUGAGAAUUUAGAAAUUGAAAAUCAUAAAUUAGAUGUAGAAAUAUUCACUAAAAAAAGUUUUGAUAAUAUUGAUCCAAGAGUACGAUCUGUUUAUGAAAAAAUUCCUCCAAUUGUCCUAAAAACAGAUUUAGUUGAAAGUCCAAAGUCAAUUAAAUUAGAAUAUUACAAAAAAUCAAGUCAAUCAACUAUAUUACAUUGUAGUAAUAAACCAUAUACUUACCAGGAAUUAUCUUUAGAUGACAUUAAAGAUAUAUAUACUGCUACACUGUCAAAUCAAAAUGAAGUUGAGAUAAUUGUUGAAGAAAAUGAACAUUCAUCCUCAUUCAAUGAAUCAAAUUGGACUAAGAAUGUUACAUUACACCAUAGUAAUGACCAUGAUAAAUCUUUGGUUGAUAAGACAACAAAUGCUACUCUUAAAAAUCAACCAGAUAAAAUAGAUGGAAAAAUUGGUUCUGUAAAUCAAAUUAAAGAAGAUGAAAUCAAACGUGUAUGUAUAUCUAGAAAAUCAAUUGAGAACAUAAAGCAAAAAUUUAUUAAAAUAAAAAAACAAGCUCAAGAAAUGAGCACAAUUCCACAUUCACCAUUUUAAUUAAAUUUCAAAUUUUAAUUAGUGAAUUAUACUUUGUUCUACCUAUUUCUCACAGUUAAAAACUAAUCAAUUAUAUUUUAUGUAUAAAUUU